AUGUCCGUCACCGCUGCCGCCGACGAAGACGGCGGCGAGAGAACGCCUCCGCGCUCGGAAUCCUCUCCGACAGAGUCCAAAGCGAGUGACACCGCCGCCGUUGCCGUUCAGGAUGCCGAGGCCGCGAGCCAGCCCCCGGACGGCGGCCAUGUGGCCUGGCUGCAAGUUGCGGGCUCCUUCUUUUUGUUCUUCAACUCAUGGGGCAUCAUCGGCUCCUACGGCAUCUUCCAGACCUACUACCAGGCGCACAUGGCCGACGACGCCUCCGUCGACGCCAUCGCCUGGAUCGGCUCCAUCCAGUCGUGCCUCCUCCUCCUCGUCGGCGUGCUCGUCGGCCCGCUCUACGACGCGGGCUACUUCCGCAGCCUGACGCUCACGGGCACCGCCCUCGUCUUCGUCGGCAUGGCGGCGACGAGCUUCGCGACGCGGUACUGGCAGACCCUGCUCGCCCAGGCCUUCUGCGUCGGCCUCGGCGCCGGCUGCCUCUACAUCCCGUCCGUCGCCAUCAUCCCCCAGUACUUCUCCGCCCGCCGCGCCCUCGCCACCGGCAUCGCGACGACGGGCAGCAGCUUCGGCGGCGUCGUCUACCCGCUCAUCGUCCAGAGCCUCCUCCCGCGCGUCGGCUUCCCCUGGGCGAUCCGCGUCUUCGCCUUCAUCUCCCUCGCCACCAACGCCUUCUCCUUCGCCGUGCUGCGCCAGCGGGGCAGCGACGCCCCCGGGAAACGCCGCCGCCGCGUCAUGCUGGACCUCGCCGCGUACCGCGAGGCCUCGUUCGUCGUCUUGUCUGCGGCCAUGUUCUUCAACGUCUUCUCGUACACGCCGCCCAUCUACUACCUGCAGCAGUACUCCCUCGCCCACGGGCUGGCCAGCGAGGGCCCUUCGGGGCUGGCGUACUACCUUGUCGCCAUACUGAACGCGGGCUCCGUCCUCGGCCGGGUGUUCCCCGCGUGGCUCGCGGGCCGCUACGGGCCCGUCAACGUCCUUCUCGGCGUGUGCGUCUCCGUCGCCACGGUGACAAUGUGCUGGCUCGCCGUGCGCACCGGCGCCGGGAGCGUGGCGUUUGCCCUCGCCUACGGGUUCACGUCCGGCGGCCUCGUCUCGCUCCCGCCCACUGUGGUCUCGAUCCUGGUGCCGCAUCUCGGUCUGCACGGGACAUGGCUGGGAAUGUUGUCGACGACCAACGCGUUCGGGUCGUUGGCCGGCCCGCCCAUUGCGGGUGUUUUGCUCGAGAAAACCGGCAGUUACCUCGGUGUUCAGCUGUUAUCGGGUCUCGGCAUGACGGCCAUGGCGAUGCUGGUUUUCUUACUGAGGAUCAUGAGGAUGGAAAAGGGUCGGACCUGGAUAAUGUAA